ACAUUUUAUUAUCAGUAAAAAAUUCGAUAUUUGUUCUGUUAAUAAUACUUAAUUUUUUAUUUUGUACUUAAAUAGUAAAUUAGUUUGGUAUUUUAUGUUGUAACGGCGAUCUAAUUAUCAAAAUACAAUAAUAUUUAUUCUCAAAUUUGUGAUGAAUAUACUGCUAGUGUUUUUGGAUGAUGAAUUUAACCAGAAGAGGAGUUAAAAAUGAACAUUUAUAACAUUUUUGGAACAAUGCUUAUAGUAAAAUGUAAAUUUUGAAUUAAAAAUAUUGUAAAUAUUGAAAAUUGUGUAUACUAACCACUAUGGCUACUGUUGAAGAAAUUGAUGAAGCUGAACAACUUAGAUUCUUAGCAUUAAAAUCUAUGGUGAGAAGGUCUAGCAAAAAGAAUACUAAUAAUACUGAUACUGAUGAACAAGAUAUAUUAUUACUAAGAGCAGCUGCGUUAAAGACAAUUAAUAAUAAAAGUUCACAAGGUAAUAAAGAUGAAAAACUUGUUAAAAAUAAAUUAGUUAAUGAAAAAAAAAGAAGCAUAAGUAGCCAGGUGUCUCCAUUAGCAAGUAAAAAAAACAUCAAACUGACUGAUAUGAAAAAUAAUAAUUUGGUAAACAAUGUUACUAACAAUACUAAUACAGGAAAUACUACAAGAGUUUCGAAACAUCAUCUUGAACAAGUAUUUAAAAGUAAACAUAAACUUGAAACAAACAUUGAAUCCCAAAGUAAGUCUGAAGUCAUCAAUAAUAAAGAUGAUAUAAAAAAAGUUAUAAGGAAUGGUAGUAUUCAACUUUCAAACUUGGAUUCCGAAAAAUUCAAUGAAACUAUGAUAUUGCAUAUAACGUUUAGUUCAUCAGAAAGUGAUGAUUCUUCCAGUGAAUGUGAUAUAGUUCAAAAUAAGGUAUUAAUACCGAAAAAGAAUAUCAACAAUGGUGCAUUAAGAUCACCAGCUCCAACAUUGAAUGUUGUGGAUAACCAUGUUAAAGCUACUGACGCUAAAUCAUUAGAAGAUAAUAAAUUAAAAAUGAAUAAUUGUAUGCAACAAAUAUGUGGACUUAUGAGACAUUGUGAAUCAGAAAUUGAAAAACGUAAUCAACAAGUGGAAAUAUUAUUACAAGCAUAUGAAAAAUACCAAAACUAUAGUGAGUCAUUGCGUUCCAUACUUCGGUCAAUGAAAACGGUUCGUGAUGAAUUGUCAUUAUAUAGUUCUGCUGAGCAUUAGUAUUAUUGAAGCCCAAGUUCAAAGUCUUACUAAAUAAGAAAAAAACAUCAUUUAAUUGUUAUUAUUUGUGUUGGUUUUUGUUUGGUUUGUUUGGUGUUUUAAAAUAUACUACUUGUUAUUAAUUUAUUAUCCAAUUACAUACAAAUUGAGUAUGGCUGGGUAUUAUAUUUAGCAAUAUUCAUUUAUUUUAAUUGUAAAUGGCUAUGAUGUAAUAAAAAAUGUAUAGUUUCCAAGUUUUGAAUUUUAUUGUUAAUGUCAUAAGUGUAUUUUAUUCAAAAUAAGGUUAGGAUUUUAAUUAUUCAAGAUAAUCAAAAUAUUGUAACUAAUAUAUUAAAUAAAUAUUGAGUAUCUAAAUUUUAAA